UAGACAAGGAAACCAAUGAGGGAGCCAAUCAGAGUGCUGGGCUGCCAUGGCUAAUAUAAACUCCCAGAGUCUGAGCUGGAGCAUAGAUCUACAUCUUCAUCCACAGCAGCGAUUUCAACAUGAGUAGCAGAAGACCUACAAGCAGUGAUUCGGAGAAUGAUAUUCUCCCCAUCACAUUGACUGUGGAGAACAUGAUCAGUCAUGCAAAACCUCUGCACUACCCCACCUCUGUGAUAAAGGGAGGUGUACUGGUCAGCGCUCUGAGGAGACUGCAUGAAAAGGAUAAGAAUUUCACGUUCACAGUGAAAGACGAUCCAAACUUUGGCCUGUUUCUUGAGAGUGUCAAUGGAGUAGCUGGAAAUGAGAAUGAUAAGACGUACUGGGAACUCCUGUCAAAGAAACCAGGAAAAAAAGAAGAACCGCUUAAAGUGGGAAUUGGCUGCUACCAACCGGAGAAAAAUGAAGAAAUCAUCCUUAAGUUCACCCACUGGUAGGGAUGAGUUUGCUAUUGAGCAGAAAGGCUUCAACAGCAGUUAAAAAAAAUCUACUUUCCUUCAUUUUCAGUUUCAAUCAUUACCUGUUUGUGAAUGAUUAGGUUCCUAUUAGGUGAAAAAUUGUGCUAAAUGUUGUGACCUGACAUAUGAUAACAAUCAGAACAGCAGGAUCUAGUGGCUUUAAGGAUCAACACACAACCAAAAUGUUGGUUUGUUCAUAUAAACUUCACUUUAUAGAAAAAUACAAGCAAAUAAUCACAGUGACGCUGACAGGAAUUAGAUUGUUAACAUUCAGCAGUGAAUUGCAAUGUAAUAAUUAAUGUAUCUGGAGUAAAUACAACAAUGAAUAAAAAGCACACAAAUAAUAGGAUUUUUUUUAAUGAUUUCUCUCCAAUCAUCACUGUUUUAUACUACUACUGUAUUAGAUCAUCAUUUUGUAUUAACCAUCUAUAUGCAAAUAAAGCUUUGAUUAACAAAAUAGA